GUAUAAAUUUAGCACACACUACGUUUUUUACUAUUGGUCGCUUUUUUUUUUCUUUUCUCCAAGUUACUUUCCACAACACUUUCUCUAAAACAAACGCUGUUGCGAAAAACAACGGGCAAUGGGAGCAAACAGCAGCAAACAACACGCUCCUCUCACGUUCGGUUAUGUCAAUCGUUCAGAAGAAGAGGUGGCUGAUCUCCAGGGCCUUGAGGCCCGCAACGACGACGGUACUGAGCAGACUGAUCAUGUGCUCGCAAAUCCCCACUUGUACAAACUUGAAAUGGUGUGCCAAAACAACUGCGCUGCAGGCCAGCAACAACAAGAACGACGGCGAAACAGCAAACUUGGAAACUCGAGUGUGCCUGAGAGUGUCGUCGUAGCAACUAAAGUUGAUCAAGAGUGCGAAUUUUGUCGACAAAGCAAGCGUUUAUCACUUGUCCGCCGGGAUUUGGCCAAGGAUCUCGCCUACAUUGACGAGACGUACUACCCGGAUGUAAUCCACUACAGUGACAAUAGCAAUGUGCUGGAGGAUGUGCUUGACAAUGAACUUGGCGCCCAAGACGGUCAACCUGGCUGGGCAAAGCUUACCAUUGGUGAGGUUACACCAGGUCGCAACCGUCCGCACAAUAGACUGACGAACACAUCUUUGGCCAUCGAUCUCUCAGGGCGAUCAUUGAUCAAAUUGAGCCCGAGCAUUGGAUAUCUCGACUGUCUCACGAAGUUGGAUUUAUCCCAUAAUCAAAUGACCAGCUUGCCGCGCACUCUCGGCUACCUCAAAAACCUGGGGAUCCUGGAUACAUCGCACAACCAGCUGGAGUCUGUGCCCGAUACCAUCUCGUAUCUGACCAAACUGACGGCACUUAACAUCAGCCAUAACAACAUCAAGACCUUGCCGCCAUCCAUCGGUGACCUCCCCAAAUUGAUUGUGAUUACUGCCAACGAUAAUAAGCUGACACAUGUCCCUCGGGAGAUCGCCAAGCUGCGUGGUCUGAUUUCCUUGAAUGUCUCAAACAACCCGCUCCCGUCUCUACCCGCAGAAAUUGGCAGUCUUACAUCGCUUCGGAAGCUGACAGCAGAGAAUUGCGAGUUUGUCGCCGAAUUCUCACAUCGUUUGGAUCACGACCCGCCUUCUCUUUUUGAACUGUGCGCACGCGAAGCUGUGCGGAUGAAGGUACCAGUGCCUGAAUACAUGUCCGACCACAUUCAGGAGUACUUUGGCCGCGUACAGACCUGCUCCUUUUGCAGCGGUCCCUUUUUCGACUCGUUCGUUACCCGUGGCCGCUUUAUUGAACGCUCUACUCGCCAGUCUAUCGCACUGGAUUACAAGCUAUGCGCCGCUCAUUGGAAUAGUGAGGAUGACCGCUUGAUGGCGCUGUUCGCUCCACCUCCCCUCAGCACACCUCAAUCUAAUGCUACCGUCAGAAACGUUGUAAAUACCGACGGAUUGGCCGAUACACCAUCGUCGACACGCCAUAACAUCUUGAAUCGCGCCCGUGCUUACAGUGACGUCCCCAGUCGAGCUGGCUCGCCUGCACUGACGCUGUCAUCAUCUACCUCUUCUCAGCUAUCCACACGCAGCAAUUCGAGUUCAUCACUCUGUCUCGGCUCGCUCAAACGACAACCUAGCCUGCCAGCAUUGCCACCAUCUCAUUCAGCAUCGUCUACUACCUCUUCUACCACCAAUACUACCACUAUGACACGACAGCAAAAGCAACGACCCAGAGCGUCGUCAACCGCUUCAGUUACCAGGCGGUUGGCAGGCUUUUUAUCAUCUUCACCCUCGUCACUAUCCAACUCAUUCAGCAGCUCAUCACUCCGGCAGCGUCCAUGGAACGCAAGCAGUAGUCAACGAGACGUGCUGCUCGAAAGCGACGGUGAACAUCCAUUGGGCGAGCUGGCCUCUUCCAGUAUGGAUGCUGCAAUGCUAGGUGUUUCUAGCUCAAGUGGGAGUUCAACAAGUGGGCUGCGACGAGCGUUUGUGGCGAAUCAGGGCGGCAAACAAAAGCAUAUACCCGUAGACGGCGGCAUCAAUGCCGACCUACUUCAUGUUGCACCCCAUAUCACCGCUAGAGAUCGAAGUGGUACCUUUUGAAAUUUCCUUGUAGUUAUUUACCAUCGUGUCAUGUCUUUAUCUUCUUUGUUCCCUUUUCCUUUUGUCCUUUUUUAAAUAUAACGUUCUUCGUCUUUCUUCCUUCUUCCAACCGCAUUCUCAAUCAGCGUCUGCUCUCCAGUUUUCUUCGAUCCUUUGCAUGAGAGUUCUCUUUCUCCAGUAAUCAUAGACAAUUUCCAAGUGCUGUUAUCCAAGAACCACUCGCAACUGAAAACAAAAGUAAA